AGCCUCGACCCGGGACAGAGGGCUGUGUGCAGCAAAGCCCCCAGGAAGUGGCGCGUUGUCUUGGCAACCCUGGACGGAGCCUUGCAGGCGGUGGUGAGGCUACCAGUACCGGAAAUGGCAAACGCGGAUGCCAUCUUCCCUCUAUCUCAAGAGCAGCCUGUUCUAGAGAGCCGGAGAAGGUUCCAGACACAAGCGACUUGGGCGUGACCAAGAUGGAAAGUAGCUACAGCCCCAAGAGCAGCGAUGUUCUAGAAGCUGAGGGUUUCCUGGCCAACCGGACGUCCUCUUGUCUGGACAGGAAGGCCAGCCUUUCGUCCUCCGAUGGAACAGGCCCAAGAGUCAUUGAGCCCCUAGGCUUCGCCAAGGUGUUGACUCUCUCUGACACUGGUGUGUGGCCGUGUCCGAAGUCCUCCUCCUCCUCCUCCUCUUCUUCCUCCUCCUCUUCCUCUGCACAGUCUAGUCGCUCCUCUAAACUUUCAGCGCCUGGAGUCCAGAAGGAAAUAUCUCCUGAGGAGAUCACCCUGCUUAAGUCACAGACAAAAGACGGGCAGCGCCCUGAGUGGACCUUUUAUCCGAGGUUCAGCAGCAACAUCCACACCUACCAUGUUGGAAAGCAGUGUUUCUUCAACGGGGUCUUCCGGGGCAACAAGGUGUCUGUGGCAGAGAGGACAGUGGACAAGACCCUCGGGAGGAAGAGAUAUGAUAUCGACCCCAGAAACGGCAUCCCCAAAUUAACACCAGGUGAUAAUCCCUACAUGUUCCCAGAACAGAGUAAAGAGUUCUUCAAAGGAGGAGCAACCCUGCCGCCCGUCAACUUCUCACUGGUGCCUUAUGAGAAAAAAUUAGAUACGUUUAUCCCACUUGAGCCUCUUCCACCAAUUCCCAACUUGCCUUUCUGGGCGAAGGAGAAGGCCAACAAUUUGAAGAAUGAGAUAAAAGAAGUUGAGGAGCUUGAGGACUGGCAGGCCUCGCCACCCUUCCUGCAGAGUGUUUUGCCCUCUGGUGCUUCCAACUUUCCAAGACAACCCUGAGCAGAAAUGUGCCCCCCAAGCAUGCACUGAUUGACCUCCGGCCACCCUCUGCAUUGCUGGGUUUUUUGGUGGUUUUUUUUUUUUUUAAUUCUCUAUCUUUGACACUGUCUCUGUCCUAAACCAUUUGUUUGACUCUAAUGAGGAACUGCUGUUUUGCCUUGUUUAACUCUCAACUGUAAAAACUUUCAAAAUGUGCAGAAAAGUUGCAUGAAUUAUAAAACAGACACCUGAAUACCUUUCCUCUAGAUUCCCUCUUUGACAGCAUUUAUCCCAGUUCUUGCUUUCUCUCCCUCUCCCUCUUAUUCUGUUUUGUUGACUCACUUGAGAGCUAGUGACACACAUCAUAAUCCUUUACAUCUUCAUACCUCAAGUAUAAAG